AUGGCUACCUCUAUUGCUGUUGUAAAGGCAAGAAAGGAUAAUGCCUUCACUCAAAUUCAGAUGAUAUAUGAUUGGUCCAAGAAAGUGUCUGAUAAGGAUAUUCAACAAAGGUUUUUGAUUCGGGCUAAGUCUGUAAAUAAACUCCGAGAUGAUUUCUCUGAGGCUUUAGAUGCCUGCCAUGAACUUGAAUUAGCAAAAGAUCCUAACUUUCAACCCAACUAUGCUCCUCUGAAUAGUGUUGAUGAAUUAAUUGACUACAUUAAUGCCAAUGUUGCCAACCUUGAAAGUAAACUUCAAUCCUCAAAAAAUAAGAGUGAUAAGACUCCGACUCCACAACCUGCGGUUGCUACGCCUCAGACUUCAACUCGUGAUUCUUCCUCAGCUCAUCAAGAAAAUUCAUCAUCUCAAGUCUCAUCGGCCCUGACUAGUCAAGAAAGAUGUUCCACAACACAUCAUCCCUCAACAGUGUUGUUGGGCACUUUACUUGUGAAGCUGGUAUCGCCCACCGGAGUUAGCCAUGUAUUUCGAGCUCUCGCUGACUCUGGUGGAUCACUUUUCCCUCUCAUGCUCACUCAAGCAGUUCACAACCUCGGGCCUAACCUACCAAGUUUAAUAGGCUCACACUUUGGAUUUUUGGUAAUGGGUGACGCACCCUGUGCAAUCAAGCUUGAUGAUGACACUAGCUCUCACAUGUCAACCAUGCUUUUGGCAGUCAAUGACAUUGAACUGCACAAUUCUAUCCAGCGGUUUUGGCACCAGGAAGAGCCACCAGUCGCAUCGAAGCAAUCAGAUGAAGAUAAAAUGUGUGAAGAACACUUCCUCUCCACUCACUCUCGGGACCAAUCUGGCAGAUAUUGCGUCCGACUACCGUUCAAGACUGAACACCCUGCUCUAGGAAAUUCUGUCUUUGCUGCUGAGAAAAGACUACACGCACUUCAGAAAAAGUUUAAGGCUCAACCUCAAUUCAAAUCUCUAUAUUUCGACUUCAUGUCUGAUUAUUCGUCUUCGGAUCAUAUGGAACUUGCUCAUAAUGUUGACUUAUCUUCCCCGCAUUACUAUUUACCUCAUCAUGGGGUGUUGAAGGAAUCAAGCAGUACCACUAAACUACGUACUGUGUUCGAUGCUAGUGCAAAAACCUCCAAUGGUACAUCUCUCAAUGAUAUUUUGCUUACAGGAAGAAAAAUGCAAACCAACAUUUGUGACUUGUUGCUCAUGUUUAGAACUCAUAGUGUAGUUUUUUCAUGUGAUAUAAGGCAGAUGUACAGACAGAUUAAAGUCCAUCCUGAGGACCAGAAGUUUCAGUAUAUCCUAUGGCAUACUCGUCCAGAUCAACCACCCUCUACCUUCAGACUUACCACAGUAACCUAUGGAGUCAAUUGCUCACCGUACCUCGCAAUCAGGACUUUGCACCAACUUGCCAAUGAUGAAAGCGACUCGUUCCCUGAAGCGGCAGAGAUUCUUCGAAUACAAACCUUCGUUGACGAUGUGAUUUCUGGUGGAGAUUCCGAAGAAGAAGCUUUGAGACUCCAGAGACAACUCAUCGCCCUAUUAGCACGUGGAGGCUUUGAGCUAAGGAAAUGGACUUCCAACUCCAGUCGACUUCUUCUAGAUCUUCCAGAUGGUCAUCGAGAGACUCCGGUGUUCCUUCAAGAUAGUUCACAGCCUCAUCACACCAUUUUAGGCAUUCACUGGUCUCCAGUUACUGACUGUUUUACAUACAAUUUUAAUUUUUCCGCAAGCGCAACUACAAAGCGUCAGGUGCCCAGUGUGAUUGCACAAAUAUAUGACCCCUGUGGUUUCCUCUCCCCAAUUGUGAUGUGGGCAAAACGUUUUAUGCAGCUCUUGUGGACCAAAGGAUUGGAUUGGGAUCAAACACUUCCCGCUGCCCUACUCGAAAUGUGGCAAAGUUUCACUUCAUCUACAGACAGCCUGCGAGAGAUUUCAAUUCCUCGAGCUUUUCAAGUGUCACGAGCAUGCACUACUGCAUUACAUGGCUUCUCAGAUGCCUCCGAGAAUGGUUAUGCUGCAGUUGUUUACUUGCGCUGUGAACUCAGUGAUGGGACUGUCACAAUCAGGCAGAUUAUGUCAAAGACUCGGACACCACCUCAUCGAUUGAAGACCUUUGUUGGGAACAGGGUUACGCAGGUGCAAGAAUUAGUACCUAAUCAUUGCUGGCGACACAUAUCCAGUGAAUAUAACCCCGCUGACUGCGCGUCACGAGGUAUCCUCCCAUCAGAAUUGUCUAACCACGAACUUUGGUGGUCUGGUCCCCCAUGGCUUCAUCCGAGUGAAUAUUCGAGUGAAUCUUGGCCAUCCUCAAACUUUACUCCUCUAGAUAUUACAAAAACAGGAGAAGAUAAACCUCAGUCACCUACCACUCUGAUAUCUACGAUUAAACCCACUCAAGAAUGGGAACUCCUCACUAGAUUUUCUCACUUCGGCAAACUUACACGAGUGAUGGGUUAUAUUUUACGAUUCAUCUAUAACCUCCGGCACUCGAAAAGGUGCUCAGGCCCUCUCACCUCAUCUGAGUUAACUCAAAGUCGACUGACAAUCUUCAAGAAGGUUCAAGAAACGGUUUUUGGAGAUGACAUUACAGCGUUGAAGAACAACUCAUCUAAAACCACUUCAUCACUUCGGCGUCUCCAUCCUUUCAUUGAUAAAUCAGGUUUACUUCGUGUUGAUGGACGACUGAAUGCAUCUCAACUUUCAGAAGACGUUAAGCAUCCUAUAAUUCUACCAAAGAAACAUCAUGUGGUUGACAUUCUUAUUGAUUUCUAUCACAAGAAAUAUUUGCAUUCAGGGCCUCAAUUAACUCAAUCCCUUCUAGCUCAGAGCGUUUGGAUUCUUUCUGCCCGCAGUGCAAUACGCUCUCGAAUUUUUAAGUGUGUUGUCUGCUUUCGACACAAACCACAUAAUACAAUUCCACUGAUGGGUGAUCUCCCAAAACCCCGAGUGACACCUUCCCGUCCAUUUCUCAACACGGGGCUGGACUACGGUGGUCCUUUCAACAUCAAGGCUGUUCACAUUGAAGUAGCUACUGACCUAUCAACUGAUGCCUUCAUUGCUGCACUAACUCGUUUUGUGUCAAGACGUGGCCUCUGCAAGAACAUAUAUUCGGACUGCGGGACAAACUUCGUUGGUGCUAAUAACGCCUUUCAAGCUCUCUUCAAGUCAGCUGAACGAACAUCUCUUCUUGAAUUUUCCUCAAACCAAGACAUUACCUUCCAUUUCAACCCCCCAGCUGCUCCUCACCAAGGUGGUCUCUGGGAAGGAGAAGGAGCCGUUAAGAGUGCCAAGCAUCACCUCCGCCGUUUCAUCGGCGAACAUGUCCUAACCCUCUCAGAGUUCAUGACCCUGACUACUCAAGUGGAGGCGAUACUUAAUUCGAGACCUCUCACACCAAUGUCAAACGACCCUUCAGAUGUCACUGCGCUCACUCCAGGACAUUUCUUGGUCGGAGCUCCACUUGUCUCUGUUCCUGAUGAAAAUCUGGAAGAGGUUCCUGAUAAUCGCCUGAAACACUGGCAUUUGGUCAAGGCCCUAAAUCAACGCAUCUGGAAGAGAUGGCAACUGGAGUACAUUCACACCCUUCAUCAGCGUGUUAAAUGGAAUGAGCAAAAUACCAAUCUUCGCAUUGGUGACCUCGCCUUAGUACAUCAGCCUACUCCUCCUCUUUCUUGGCCGUUAGCUCGGAUUGUAGGUGUCUCCCCUGGAAAGGAUGAGGCUGUACGGGUCGUCCACUUGAAAACUCAACAAGGACUCUUGACUCGACCAGCUCACAAGGUUUUUCCUUUGCCUGCUUAUCAAGAGUAA